AUGCUUGACUUGAACUUCACUGCAUUGGCCAAUCCCAGCACCUUCAUUCUGAUGGGCAUUCCUGGUCUAGAAGACAUGCACAUUUGGAUAUCCAUCCCUUUCUUCUCAAUGUAUGUUGUUGCCCUCAUUGCUAACUCAGUCAUUCUACUCAUCAUCAAAACAGAGACUGUUCUCCAUGAACCCAUGUUCUACUCUCUUUCCAUGUUAGCCAUCACAGACCUCAUCUUGUCGACAUCUACCCUCCCCAAGAUGUUGGGUAUCUUCUGGUUCAAUUUUCAUGAGAUCAACUUCCAUGCCUGCCUCACUCAGAUGUUUUUCAUUCAUGCUUUCUGUGGGGUGGAGUCAGGGCUUCUUGUGGCCAUGGCCCUGGAUCGGUAUGUGGCAAUCUGCAAUCCUUUGCGACACUCAUCCAUUCUUACAAAUGCUGUGGUGGGCCAAGUUGGCAUAGUGGCACUUCUUCGGGGGUUAGUGCUGAUGACACCACAUCCCUUCCUGGUAAGGAAAUGGCCAUACUGCCAGACCAAUGUUGUACCCCACACAUACUGUGAGCAUAUGGCUGUGGUGAAAUUGGCUUGUGCCGAUAUUUCCAUUAAUAGUCUUUAUAGUUUGGCAGUCAUUAUCUUGAUUGUUGGAACUGACGUGACAUGUAUCUUUCUGUCCUAUGUACUGAUACUCCGUACUGUGUUCAGUCUCCCUUCUAAAGAUGCCAGGUGGAAGACCCUCAGCACUUGUGGAUCCCAUGUUUGUGUCAUCCUCACCUUCUACAUCCCUGCUCUUUUCUCUUUCCUCACUCACCGUUUUAGUAGGCAUGUUCCACACCACACCCACAUCCUACUUGCUAACAUGUACUUGCUGGUACCCCCUAUGCUGAACCCUAUCAUCUAUGGAAUAAGGACAAAACAGAUCCGAGAAUGUGCUGCACAGUUAUUCAUGACUAAAAUCAGCUGA